AACACCGCGUGGAUUUAAGCGCUACACGCCCCGCCUCCUUCUUUUGCAAUCAGGACUCGUUUAUAUAAAUCUAUGUAUAAUUUAUAUGCGCUCCCGUGUUUAUAAAACACUCCGGAUCCGAGCAUUUCCCUGCCUCAGAAACCUCAAACCCCGUGCUUAAAAAAAAAAAAAAAAAAACCCGAAACUGCCGCGGGGAGGGUGCUCCGUUGCGGCAGGAAGCGGCGGCCCCGCCACGGAGCACGGAGGGGGGGGGGCCCCGCUCCCAGGCGCCGCCGACGGGGUCGGGAGCCGAGCGGCCGUUGGCCCGCGCGUGGGAAAUAUGAAUGACUGGCAGAGGAAAAGCCCUCUAGACUGGGAGACGUAUGUGAACAAAAUGGUGAAAGUUGCUGCAAUUGAACAACAUGAAUAUGAAGGCUGGGUCUUAACAGUUGAUCCAGUUUCUGCUAGUAUUGUCCUUGCAACGUUCCUGGAGAAUGAAAAAGUGUCCAUUUUGGUUGUCUUGGGCCAUGCUGUCCAGGAGGUUGAAAUACUGAAAGAAGGGGACGAUGAAAUGAAGCAGCGGCUUUCUUGCAUAUUUGCACCUGAAGAAAGCAAAUCUUACAGCCCAGAGGAACUUGAAAAGAGGAAGAAUGACUUGAAGACUUGGCUAGAAACAAACCACAUCCCUAUAACAGAGCAAGGUGAAUUGGGAAGAACACUAUGUGUGGCGGGAGUAUUAACUAUUGACCCACCAUACGGCCCAGAAGAGUGCAGCAGCUCCAAUGAGAUUAUUCUCUCUCGGGUUCAAGGCUUGAUACAGGGCUAUCUUGAAAGACAACAGUGAUGACUGCUGUUAAAAGCAGUUUUCUUUAGUAAUAGGUCUACCCACCCUAUUUUAGGAACUGUCCUGGGUAUCAAUACUCACUAUUUGCAAAAAUGCUGGGUUUAGAUACAUCAGUCUGAUUUUUGUAUGUUAAGACAGGGACAAAACAAACAGUAUAAAAUAAAAGCACAAAGCAUUUUCCAUGCACUAUUUUUUUAUUAAAAGCAAGCCUUUGGAUGAUGAUGUAUUAAACUGAUAUAUCAGUUUACUGUAUCAGUAUGAGGCUGAUAUAUCAGUUUAACAAGUGGGUUUUUUAUAACAGUAUUGUGAGAGAUGACAUAUGAUAAAUUUUAAACUGUGUUUUCAUCUGCCUUUAAAAUUAACUUAAUUAUCUAGUGUUAUAGGUGGGUUUGUUUGAACUGCUUAUUAGAAUUAUUAUUUUUUUUUUCCUGAAAGAGAAUUAUGACACUUGGACUUCCCAAACCAGAUGAAAAAAUUGUUCAGAAAGCUUCCCCCCCCCCCCCCAGCUGUUUUCCUGUUCUAGAACAUGAAUUAUAAUCUAGGCCCAAGUUUGUAAAAUUAUUAGUGAACAUUAGCAGGCAAAUAGGUUUUAAAAACAUUUCCUAUCUAUAUUUGUUAUUUUAGGGCAGCAGUGAUUGGAAGACCUUUGUUCCUUAGAAAGAUAAUUUCUUGUAAUUCAGUAAGUUUGUGUUUCUUAAUGCUUUGUUUCUAGUUUAUGGCAACACACAGUCCAAGAACCAUUAUAUGAUUGUUUCUGAGAUUAUUAAUCCAGUCAGGAGCCUUUAGAGACCUCAUUUAUCUCUCAGUGUUCAGUCUUACUAUGGGAUAGCAUCAAAACACAUCAGUGUGCUGAAAUGCAUUUGAAAAGUCUGUCUAACCCACGUUAAUAAAAAGCCCUCCUCAUU